AUGGCCACGCCGGAGGCAGACGUCGGCGCCCCCGUGAGCGUGACGGCGCCGAUGAUGCUGCACGGGCGCGUGGCGAUCGUCACGGGCGGCGCCGGCGGCAUUGGCUCGGCCGUGUCGAGGCACCUGGCGUCCCUCGGCGCGCGCGUGGCCGUCGCCUACGUCGGGGACCCGGCGCCCGCGCGGGACCUCGUGGCCGCCAUCAACGCCGCCCCCGAGCACGGCGCUUCUGACCCUGGAGGCCCGCGCGCCGUGGCGGUGGAGGCGGACGUGUCGGACGCGGCGCAGGUGCGGGCGCUGUUCGACGCGGCGGCGGCGGCGUUCGGCGGGGAGCUGCACGUGCUGGUCACGGCGGCGGCGGUGAUGGACACCUCCUACCCGCCGCUGGCCGACACCAGCGAGGCGGCCUACGACGCGGCCUUCGGCACCAACGCGCGGGGCACCUUCCUGUGCCUCCGCGAGGCGGCGCGCCGGCUGGCCCGCGACGGGCGGGGGCGGAUCGUCACCUUCUCGUCGUCCGGGGUCGGGUCGCUGCGCCCGGGCUACGCGGCGUACGCGGCCAGCAAGGCGGCCGUGGAGACCAUGACGAGGAUCCUGGCGCGGGAGCUGCGGGGCACCGGGAUCACCGCCAACGCCGUGGCCCCGGGGUCCACGGCCACGCCCAUGUUCUACGGCGGCAAGACGGACGAGGAGGCCGAGCGGUACAUCGCGGAGGCGCCGCUGGGGAGGCUGGGGAUGCCCGAGGACAUCGCGCCGCUUGUGGGCUUCCUCGCCAGCGACGCCGGCGGGUGGGUCAACGCCCAGGUCCUGCGCUGCAACGGCGGCACCAUAUGA